CGGUCAGUGUUGCAGUGAAACUGAAGAACCCUCUGACUGAAGACACUCUUCCGUUGUCAGACAGUCUUGUGAAGAGAAAGCUCAGGGUUGUCCAUCAGUUUCUUGAUUCUCUGGAGAAUCCUUCUUUGCAUUAUCUCCUCCAGUGGUUCCACAGUCGUCCCCAGAACAGAACCAGCCUUUUUUAUUACGCUGUUGAGCCUUUUAGGUCCCUGCUUCUGAUGCUGCUACCCCAACAGACGAUGGCUGAAGAGAUUACACUCUCAACAACAGACUUGUAGAAGGUCUGCAGCAUCUUGCUACAGACAUUGAAGGACCUAAGCGUCCUCAAACUAAGACUAAGUUAAUUUAGAACUGAGAUGAAAGUUUAGAGCAACGUUAAUUUGCUUUAUGCAUGCAGACUGAGCGGUGCUUCUUAUGUUGUCAAACUGAAUAGUGAAUUUGAAACAAAUAGGUUUUUGUUGCAUGUGGGUGUUUGCAUGAGAGUGACGGGGAGAGGAAAAGGUCCAUGCAAAUCCGCUUUACUGUUGUGGAAAGUCCUAAAACCAGGUGUGUUUGUAAAUAAUGUUUUUGGGUUCAUCCUUGCAUAUGACAUCAGGAGAGCUUCUUAUAGUUACUUCUAAAGUAGAAGACACACUCCAGUCACACUACUGGAUGCUUUGUAACAAAAAACUGAAGUUAAUCUGAUGUCUACAGAUGAUCACUAUAAAGGGAUUUUUACUGUCUGCAUCUGCUGGUGUAACAUUUUAGCUUCAUUAUAUUUUGUGUAGCAUUCCCCUCGUGUGCCUCCCAUUGACUUCCAUUCAAACCACAGUUUUUGAUCCUGUAACAUCUGCAAAAAAAAAAAAAGACAAGUCAUGCAUUCUGUGAUAUUAGGGUUGACUUUUUGAGAAAAGUAGUCAAAUUUGUCCUUUUUACUGUUCACCACCAAAAUCAGUCAUUUCUCCGUUAGUGGCCCAGGCGAGAAACUCUACACAUUUCUUUAGAUCUGCUGUUUACAUUGAACUCUAAACAUCAACAGAACCUCAGACAAGUAAAUAAAACACAGUUUCACUCACUUACUGAACUUCAAAUAUAAACUAAACAUAACAUUUAAAGGUGGCAUAAGGGAGGAAUAACACCUUGUGGUCAAAUUUGGUUACGAGUGAAGAAGAGUCAUAAACAGGAAGUUGAUAAGUAGAUAAAUACAUUUCACUGUAAUAUCAAGUUGUUUGUAAUGGAAAAAGUAGCUUUCUUUAGCAUUGUUAGCUGAAUGUUAGCCUCUAUCCUUCUUCACCCAGAGGAAAACAGAAAGGAUACCGUUGCUUCCUAUGGGCAUAAAAAAAAAUUCUGGGUCGCUCCUGUUUACUGACUUAGGCUUUUUACAAAACACUGCUGCGUUUUCUCCACUGGUGUCAUAUUAUAAAUGCCAGCGCAGCAGCAUUAGCUGGUACGGACUCGACAACACCGUGGGCUCACAGAUUGUAAACAAAGACUAUGUCCCUCUUUGGCCUUUUUCAAAGGAGAAAAACUGACAACCCCACAGAGCAGUGAAUCUGUAUUAAUGCAGCCUUCCUUCCAACAUGACUGAGACUGUUUUUUGAUUAUUUCUCUGUAAGAUUCUUUUUUAUGGUAGCUUUAAAUUAUAGAGGGAAACAAAUAGCGGACAAGCAUCUAGCAUCAUAAAAAAUGACUCGUAUACUUUGGUGCAUGUCUUUUUUAAGCUUGCUGAUGUAAUAUUUUUUUCAUAAAUGCAUAGAUUUGAUUCCCAACCAUCUAAUAAUCUGUUUACUAAACUGCUCAGUCCUCACUGGGUUCUCAUGGAGCUGGUCUCUAACUCCAUCAGUCAUCGGGCGAGAUGUGAGAGACACCCUGAUGGGUCUCCAGUCAACCUGAGAACCUGUGCAUGCAUGGAAAGAACAUGCCAACUCCACACAGGUGGGAUUUGAACCGGUGACCUUCUCACCAACUGCACCAUUGUGCAGCUCUGCCUAGAUAUUUUGAAUGUGAAUCAACAUGUUACCAGAAGUACCCGGAUGUGUUUUUCCCACAGCAUAUUUAGACUGCAGAGUAGAUCUAAGUGAAGGUGUAACUGGAGUUAUUUCACUUAUCUUUGUGAAUGUCGUGUUUCCUAAAGAUGGAAAUGAGAUGAAAAAUUCUGCUUCCUGACUACACUGAUGGUUUUAUCACACUAUCAACAGGAAGGUGUUUGUUUUGAAAGUAAAAUUAGAGUCACUUUUGUGCCUUUUUUUUUUUUUUUUUACUUUGCAUGUGUGAGUUAUGCCUCUCCUACCUGAUAAGUGACUCAGACUCAGCGCUGCGGUCAGCUGGUGCACAGAGGUGCUUCUGGAUGUUUGGCGAUGCUGCAGUGAUUAUUCAGACACACAGGAGCAACAUGCUGGUCUUCAUAUUCCUUUACACGCUGGGCAUAAACAUCUGCCAGGCUACAAAUAAUGACAACUCGACGCAAAUGUAUUAUUACACCCUGACCGUAGACAAAAGUGUCUUUGAGUAUUUACUAGGAAACCUUUCAACGUAUUCGAGCGUCUAUGAGGACUCUGUAAUCCAAGACCUCAAAAUGACAACAACGUGUGAAAACGAAACAGUGUGUAGUUGUGCGUCGGGUCACAGGUGGAGCGACGCAGCUUGUAUGUCCGCUUCUAAAUGUUGUGGUGAGGCGCCAUGUUCCCUCUCAGCAGCCUCAAAUCUGAUGUGUGUUUCAAACAGCACAGUCGGCAUCACGGGGAACAUUACUUUGACCAACACAUCCUAUCAACAAUGUCUGAUGGAUAAAACUUUGCAGCUGUUUAAGGAUUGCGACAGUAGAUUGUUACGUGAGAUGAAAAGUGUUUUCAGUACCAUAAGAGGAUUUGACACUUUAAAAAUCACACAGUACAGCGUCGGGAGCAUUAUCGCGACUUUUGCUAUGACGAUCGUCUCUGGUGUCAAAUCUGCACAACUGCUCAACAGCUCGAUCGUCUUGAACACUAAUGUGAACGGUUAUAUGGAUUUAGUGACGUCAGGAAUCGUCCAUCUAGAAUUACCGAAUCAACCCGUGCAGUAUCACCAGUCUGUCAAUAUUUCCUGCAUAUCACAGGAGGAUCUGGGAUAUAACCCGCAGUGGAAUCUGAAAUCAAAUGGCCAAACAUACCUGAUUACCAAUGGAACCGUUUCAAAAGUGGCUGUGCAACUCCAACAGAGCACAAUCUCACUUAACAAAGUUGAUGAGCUCUGGGAAGGAGAGUAUACAUGUGUCUACAUACAACAGAAAAACUCCACUACCAUAUACCACAAAGCCAACAAAACUAUGAAAAUUUGCCUCCAACCACAAAUUACAGUUUCCACAAAGCCAGCGUUUCCACGCUGCACCAGUAACACCGAUGUGAAGGUGGUGACAGUUAUUUGUGAAAUACCCACAACCAAUGAAAAGUAUAACGUGACAUGGUCACAGUACGCCUCACCUAAGGAGAACAUUUCUGGAAGCAGAGUUCAAAAAUAUACAGCUACUAAAGUUGUAAGCUGUGACCGUGCAAGCACCGAGCCUUCAACGCUACCAUUAGCACAGUGUGAUUUUGUAAACACGUGCCAACAAAAUGCAUCUAAAAAGAUCGCCUUCAUCAUGAUUUACACUGGUGACAAAUACUGUGCAGGGGUUGAUGACUGGGGGGACACCAUGGUCGGAUAUACUGCAGUAAUAAAUUGUCAAAACCAGGCUGGAGUGAGAAGACGUUAUUGCACAGGGGAUGGAAAAUGGCAGGAUGAGGUGUCAGAGUGUGUGAAUCAGGGCCUCUUCGAUGUGUUGCAGAGUGCCAUAAUUAGUGACAUCGGACUUGGCGCGCUGAAUCUGAAUGCUGAAGACGUAUUUUCUCGCUUUCAGAAUGUCACUAAGACAUCAACAUUAAACAGCUUUGCCAACAUGAAUACCUCGGUUCUAGUACUCAGCACCAUGCAACCAAAGCUCACAAGUAUAAGCAGUGGUUCAGCAAUAGACAACUUUCUGGACUCAUCCAGUAAUUUGCUGAACGAGACUCUCGUGCAAUCCUGGAAUGCAAACUCUAAUGACAGCUACUCAUUGGCUAGUACAUUUUUGAAUUCAGUUGAGAACUUAGUCAAGAAAUCAAACACGACAGGGCUAAUUAAUAAAUUGAAUCUACAGGUAUAUACAUGCAAUGAUCGCAGGUGCAACAACACUGUUUUUAAUGUUAGCGUUAAAAUUGACAGUUCAAGCACUGUGAAAACAAUUGGGUACAAAUCCCUGGACCAGCUUUUGCCUACUUCCAAUGACAAGACACAGGUCAACAGCAUAGUUGUGUCGACAACUACAGACACAAAACAAGAUAACCCCAUAAUUGAAAUGCAGUUUGACCUACAUAAACCAAGACCUCGCAAUGUUGUGUUGCAGUGUGCCUUUUGGAACAAUGAAACAUGGUCAACAAGGGGGUGUACGUGGGGUGGCUCCAGCAAUGAGGGACUCUGCACUUGCGAUCAUCUCUCCGCAUUUACCAUUCUAAUAUCCAGUGAUCCCAUCAAAGUCCCAAUGUUAGAUCAGAUAACUUCUGUUGGUCUGGGAAUAUCGGUAGUGUCACUCAUCAUCUGCCUUGUGAUAGAACUGAUUGUCUGGAGUGAUGUUGUUAAGACAAACACUUUGUAUUUGAGACAUACUGCCCAUGUGAACAUUGCCUUGUGCUUGCUGGUUGCUAAUGCAUGUUUUUUAGCAUCUUCCAACCCAGAAGGUCUUACAGACAUAUGGUGUAGAACAUCUGUGGUGCUGAAGCAUUUUUGUUACCUGGCCAUGUUCUUCUGGAUGCUGUGUCUUAGUAUCACACUCCUCCACCAAGCAGUUUUCUUGUUCCAUAAAGUGAGCAAGAGGAACUACCUGCGGUUCUCGUUGGUCCUGGGCUAUGGUUUCCCCUUUAUUAUUGUUUUUGUCACGUUUCUUAGCUACAGUGCAGGAGCUCAAGGUUUGUACUACUCCUCAGAUACCUGCUGGCUGGUUUAUAAAGGCCUUCUGCAGGGCUCCUAUUAUACGUUUGUCAUUCCAGUAGGCAUAAUCAUUUUUGUCAAUGUGUUCUCCAUGGUGGUGGUAAUUAUGAAGCUUUUAAGUGCCCACCAUCAGCAUGCAGACGCAUCACAGGAAAGGGAGAAAGCAGCAGCCAAAACGGUGUUGAGGGCGGUUAUCCUGCUGACCCCAAUCUUUGGCGUGACAUGGGUUUUUGGAUUAGCUGUGGAGAUUUUCGACCUCACAGAUGGACCUCUGGCUCUAGCGAUCAAUUACCUCUUUGUCAUUCUAAACGCCUUUCAGGGCUUGUUCAUUUUGUUGACCUCGUACUUGUGUGACAAAAUGACCCGUGAUGCACUGAUGAAGUUCUUCAAGAAGACAACUCCAGCAGUCUCCAGCAUGAGUGAAAGCACCACAAAGUUAGAAACAUCAUUCAGGAAAUAAAAUCACGCCAAGUGAUGACAAACCAGCUAUUGCACGUAAAACUGUUUACGUAAAAUUGCCUAAAGAAAUACAUUUAAAAUGAUACAUUUACUCUGAUGCGAUUGCUUGACUGUCAGUCAUACAUUUUUAUUGCACAUUAAUCAUGCUAAAACAUAUAUUUAUCUGUCUUUUGCUUUUUAUAUACAUUAGUGACAUCUGAGGCUUCCUGUGCAGAGUGGGUAUGCACCUUCCCAUGCAAAACUCCAAAUGUAUCAAUAAUAAAAAUGACAUAUGAAAAGUGUGCAGCUCCAGGCUGAAUGGCCCAGUCAGCUCUGAACUGAGUCAUAUCAGUUGUGUGGGAUGAGAUUAUCUGUAUGGCUCUUCCAAAUUCCCAUAAAAGGCAGUUAAACAUUAAACAUAAUUUGCUGCGAUAGCCAGUGAUGUGACUGGAGCCAUCGGCUGCACACAUAUAACUUAAGAAUGGCAUCACACGGUGAAAAUAUUUACUGAAAACACUCAUUCGCUCAAAUUGGAUAAAACGAUUGUGCGAAAGUGACCUGAUUUAAUGAACGAAUCUUUCGUUCUAACGAACUGAGGAACUACCUGUCUUCUGCUGUUCUCUUCAUUCCCACAGAUACACAUGAUUUUUAAUUGUGCAGAUAAUAAUUAGACAUGUAGGACUUGUGUGCAUCUAUUUGCAUGUUUAAAUUUGCAAGAAUAUAUGUGAAGAUGAGAUUCCUGGUAUUCACUAGCGUGUGCUCACUUUCAUUCGUCUGAAUUUGUUUGUGCAUAUACCGUUUUCUCGAUCUAAGCUGUCUUUGCACAUGAGGCCCCAGAUCUUAAUAAGUUAGAUGACGCUAUUUACAGAUGUCAUAUGAAUGAGGUUAUAUUGUGUUGCAUGUUUUAAUUCACACAUUAGAAGAGACUAUAGUGCAAGUUUUAAAUGAUUAUCAAACUUUGUUUUGUAAAUUUUCUUAUUUUUGCUCUCAGUAGUCCAGUUAUUCUCCCUUUCUUUACUUCGUUCUGCCCAUUCUUCAUCUGUGUCAUCCAUUGAAAUACCUUCUUGAGCUGCUUUUUUGCGGUAGGCCUGACACUCUGUCUCUGCUCUACAACAAACAAAAACAGGACGGUUUAUUAACUGUGAUGAAUAAAUAUAUAUAUACAUAAACAUAAUGAAAUGCUUAUUGUAUUAAAGAUGGAAGAAACUGG